GUAUGGGGGGGGGGGGGGGGGGGGGCAGGAGGUCUAUAGAUGUGUGUCGAGCAAUGGGUCUGUGGCUUUGGUGUUCCAUCUGUCAACACGCCACGGAGCCUGACGCAAGCUAGCAGAGGAAGGGGGACUGGCACGGAGCAGAACAAGGCUCUCGGCAGACAAUUGGAGCAGGAAGCGAGGAAGGAAAGGGGGCUUUCACCCGGAGGAAGACUGGCAAACUCGUUGGGAUUGUGACAAGACAGCCACACAGUAGCUGCAGAGACCACCCAUUCUGUGCAGUAUUAAUCCUCACAUCUCCUGCAGUCACAGAGCAUAAGGACACAAGACGAAGCUUUCUCAUCCCUCUUAAGAUCCACCAAAGAUCAGAAAAAUGAACACCAGCCUGUCAAACACUUCCAUCAAGUGUGUUCGGGACACCAGUGUGACGGCUGUGGUCUUCCCCUGCCUGUACAGCGUCCUCUUUGUAGUCGCCCUGAUACUGAACUCUCUGGCUGCAUGGAUCUUCUUCAACAUCCCCAGCACCUCAACAUUUGUGGUCUUUCUAAAAAAUGUGGUGGUGGCUGAUUUGCUGAUGACCCUGACCAUCCCUCUGAGAGUCUUGAGUGAUGCAGGCGUGGGCUCCUGGAGACUACGUGCCUUCCACUGCCGGUACUCUGCCGUCCUCUUCUACAUCACUAUGUACAUCAGCAUCCUCCUGCUGGGCCUCAUCAGUCUGGACCGCUACCUGAAGAUAGUCAAGCCGUUUGGGAAGAGCCCUCUGCAGCGGGUCCGUGUUGGUCAAGUGCUGAGCGCGGUUAUCUGGGUGGUGAUGCUUUCUCUGGCGCUGCCCAAUGUCAUCCUAAGCGACCAGCCGGCCCGGAUUACUGGGGGCCGACUGAAGUGCACCUCCAUGAAGAGCAGAGCCGGCCUGCUGUGGCACGAGGGAUUCAACUACUUCUGUCAGGUUGUUUUCUGGGGCACGCUGGCCUUGAUGGUGGUUUGCUACACCUUCAUAAGCAAGAAGGUUUAUGAGUCCUACAAAGCCUCCAAGAGCAAAUGUCAAGCGACAAGCCGCAGAACCAAGGCAAAGGUGUUUGUAGUGGUGGGGGUGUUUUUCAUCUGCUUUGCCCCAUUUCACUUUGCACGCGUGCCCUACACUCUGACCCAGACGGGCAGCAUGGCAAGUCACUGCCGGGCGCAGAACGCACUCUACAUCGCCAAGGAAACCACUCUGUGGCUGUCAGCCACUAAUGUGUGCCUGGACCCGCUCAUCUAUGUGUUCCUGUGUAGGGUUUUCAGGAAAAAACUGACAGCCGCACUGUGUCACAAGCCGCUCCACAAAGCUACCAUGGAGUCUCCCACAGUGACGUCAACCCAGCUGGAGAUGUCACACAUAGCCCAAAGUAACUGACCAGGAUGCAACAGGAACACAUGGGACAAUGUACAAAGGGACAUGAUUAAUUACUGUAACUGUGUAGGCGGCGGGAGGCCAAAAGAAGGUGUAUUACUUGGAUAAAUAUAUAUUUUUUAAAGGCAAAGGUUGUAAAUAUUUUAAUGCAAGAGUACAAAGUAGUUAUGCCAACCAUGAGAAGUGUUUUUGAUAAGAGUACUUAACCAAGCACUUUUGUUUGCUUAGUCAUCCAACACAUUUCCUUUCUAUCAUGUUUUACUUCCUCUGCUCUAAUCUCCUCCAGACUGCACUUUCCCUUCACCGAACAUUGGCCAAAGGGUGAACAUGUUGAGCAUGUAAUCGGUCUCCAAUGAUCGCUCGGCGAAACCACGGACUGAACCAUUACACGAGCAGGGGGAACAUAACUGCAAUAGGCACAGCUUAAAGCUAUAACUACUGUGUAUAAAGAACAAUAGUAUUAUCGUAAUAAAAUUAAUAUUUUAGAUACUAAA